AUGAUCAAAAUGAAGUACACCAUCCAAGCACUGGAGUCUCUCCGCCGGGAGACUGACACCCCAAUCAACUGGAGUCUAAAUGCCAAGAAUUACAAUCUAAUCCGCGCUAGCCAAGAGAGAAAGCAGACUCUCAGCGAGAUUCCUCAAAAUCAGUCGGGUGUCCGCACAGUUGAAAGAGUCUUGGCUCUUCGAUCAGCUGAGCCCCAACCUCCCCAGAUCUCUCUGGACAGAGAGCCUGAAUUGAAUGUUCAAACUCCAUCAAAAUCAGCUUCUAUCUCAAAUGAAAGUGGGUUUGCUCGCUUUUUGAAAGAUCAUGCUUCGCCAAAUACCCAGCGAGUGAAUGCGGGCGGUCGGAUCGUCCCCAUGACUCCCCCAGAUGAACCACUUUUGGCAAACCAGGAAGAUUUUGAAAAUGCGAUGCUUGAGCACCGGGUAGCGAUGGCAGGGUCUCUGUCCCUGGCCAUUCAACCACCCGGUCUCAGAAAUGUCGAUGCACAUGCGGGCAACACAUCUCCAACUCCGUUUGCAAGCAACCUACCACAAAGUACCACCCCUCCCACUCCUGCUGCAACUGCAGCCAUGGAUACUUGUAUAUCCGCUUUGAACCCUGAGGCACCUUCAUUCACCCCUGUCAACCAAGGAGUCGCCACUGCUGUGACGUCUUCAGAUGACAGAAUUGCAAAAUCAGUCUGGCCUCCUAUGAGGAAGUUGGAGGAAUUGCAACAAGCGGUGCUGGCAGUGGCCCCUUCUCAUUUGUUUAACCUGAUGGCAGGGUUACAGCACAUUGUUUAUUCACUUGAGCCACAUCCCCCACUCUGGCCAUCGAUCGUCGUCUUCUCUUCUGAUCAGAUGCCGGGAAUGGAUGAAUUCCAACUGACUGGCAUGUACUGGCAUCUGUUGCGUAAAAUAUUCUGCCUGUCAAACGGAAUGGUCUUGCCUCCUGAACCAGAAGAACACUGGCAAGACUUGAAUUGUCUGGUUUCGCUUUGUUACAAUCUUCGGGGUCUCGAUGAAAGAUUGUAUGACUAUCAGACUUUCUUCAUGAUCCACUGCCGAGAGUGGAUCAAAUAUCACCACAAGCUUGUUUCGUAUCUGCUGACAAGCGUGUACCGUCGCAUUGCCGCGGAAAAGAUCUCAAACCCUGCGGACGUGCGAUUGCGAAUUUACUUCAUUCGUGUGCGGAGCUAUACUGAUUCCGCGAUCCAAUGUCUUGAGCACAUGUUGAGAGAGAAAUACCAGCAACUGGCACCACUAGAAGGGGGAAAACGGGUUGCGCGUGGCAUUUUCUGGGCGUCAGUCAUCUAUGCGACACUGGCUGGCGAUGUUGCCCGAUCAGAAGAUUCCACGUUGAGUGAGGUGAAAAGCGACAGCGUAGACAACCGCAACAGUGGAUCUUGCCUCAGUGAUUCUCGGGCUGGUGAACAUGGAGCCAUCUUAGCGCCUGAGAGCAGCGACAGAGGUGUUGAGUCCGAUGUCCAAGAUUUUGUUGUGCCUGCAACAGAGAACCAGUGGACCUUGGAAGAGUUUGAGGGGUAUCUGGCACUCCAGAACCAGAGCCCUCUAGACACCUCAAGUCUCUCCAGUGAUGACGAGCUCGGCACCCUGCCGUCGCAGCCCAUGGGUCAAUCGCCCACCCAAGAGCGACAAUCUCAGAUCAUUGACGAGGAACUGAGGUAUAGAUCAGAGCUGAAUUGA